AUGAUUGAGGGAAUGGUGAAGGAUGGUGUUAUUGAACCUUCAUCUAUUCCAUGGUGUUCACCUGUGGUGCUGGUAAAGAAGAAGGAUGGCAGCAUGCGGUUUUGUGUUGACUACCGCCGCUUGAACGACGUUACGAAGAAGGACAGCUAUCCCUUGCCAAGAAUUGAUGAUACGCUGGACAUACUUAGAGGCGUAAAGUGGAUUAGUACGCUGGACCUGAAAAGUAGCUACUGGCAAGUUGAAAUUGACCCUAAGGACAAGGAAAAAACUGCAUUCUCCAAAGAAAAGGAUAUGUGGCAAUUUAAAUUCAUGCCAUUUGGAUUGUGCAAUGCUCUAGCAACGUUUGAAAGGUUGAUGGAGCUUGUACUUACCGGGCUAAAUGGAGAUGCCUGUCUGAUCUACUUGGAUGACAUCAUCAUCGUAGGCCGUACGUUUGAGGAACACCUUCAAAACGUGGAACGCGUGCUCAUGAAGAUCCAGAGUGCCAAUCUCAAGUUCAGUCCGAAGAAGUGA